AGUUGCGACGAAACGAAAGCCAGUCGCCAGUUGUCCGUCAGUUCCCCACGGAGCAAUUUCCAGCGAAUUGCACUAGCUGCACGACUUGGAGUGUUUGUAAUCCCAGAAACAGUCCCGUGGGGCAGACAAGUUUAAGCCGUGCACAUAAACUAUACACCCUUUUUCUGAACAAUUACCGGGUACCUCAAGGCAAAUAUGUCCUGCAAUGAGAGAACAGCGCUGCUGGCAACGCAACAAGGACAUCAGCAGCAGCAGCAGCACAUCAUUGUCGUGCCUGCGACGCGGAAGGAUCCAAAGGAUUAUGAGCCCAUUUUCACAACUGCUGACUAUUCCUACGGCCUGACCCUGGAGGAGUUGCUGCCAUUCGCGCUGGAUCCCUGGUGGCAGAAUGUUCGCCGCCUCAGCUGCGGAAUCCUGGGCCUGGCCUUCCUGGUGACCCUCAUUGCCGGCCUUUCGUUGGCCUAUGCGGGCAGUGUCUGUCAGCCAAAUAGAGCAAUUAGCGGGAACUCGACCGCCACUACGCUAACCACCCCAUUAUCCUUGUUUUCCAACGACACUCAACUGCUGAUGGCCAGCUUGUAGUCGCUAAUCUCUGGAACAUUUUGGAAAUGCUGCAAUCCCCAGCAGGAAUUGCAUCAGCUGCAUCAGCACGCACUUCUCGCAUUUGUUUGGCUCUUCUUCCCACUUUACCCCACUUGCUAACCGAGCGAUAAGCGGAACCGAUUGAUUGUGGGGCAAUUGUGUUUGGCUACAAGCUGAUUAUUCUAAUUGUUUUCCGAAUAUAAAAUGUUAAAACCUCUUAAAUUUUUUAUUUUAGAAAAUAGACAAGCAUUUAUCUAAAUAAAAUAGUAGGCACAAUCUUA